CACAAACAUGAAGGGCUUAAACAACCUGCGGAGAGUUCUGCUGCUCAUCGGUCUAAUUCUGACAGGUGUGUGGUGCAAAAAACAAGCAGUGUUUGUGUACAGCAGACUUGGAGGUGCCGUCCUCCUGCCAUGUUCCGACCUGGUUUCCCCUGACUGCUCCCUCAUUUCCUGGACCUUCUGGUCUCCUGGCAAAGGUGGCCAGGUGCAGUACACCCAGGAGGUCAGCAGGGGGCAGGUGAGCACGGACUCAGACAAAUCCAGUCGCAUGUCCGUCACAUCCAACUGCUCUCUCCACCUCCGUGACCUCAGGGUCAGCGACGCCGGCUCCUACGUCUGCCUGAAGAAUGGGAAAAGCAUCACUGACGUUUACCUCUCUCUCCUCACCAUCUCUGCACUUUCCAAAAUCACCGACCUGCAGCCCGGAGGAAACCUCAUCCUGAGCUGCAUCCUGCUCACUUACUAUGAUGCCGGGAGCUGCAAGUCGUACUCCAGCGUGUUCAGCCUGAGCUGGGCGACCGAGGAUGGUUCUGUGCUGCCCGGAGAGAGCAGGUUGUAUGAGCUGAUUGGCCACACUCGCUGCAACAUCACUUUGGUCACAAAACUCCAGAGGGAAGACAACAACAGGAAGUGGAGAUGUCAGGUGAACACCACCGAGCACAGCAGGGCAGCGUUCCAGGACUUCACAUCCGCCUUUUUGUUCCAGAAUCCUUCCACAGCCCAGACUCGGAUUCCCUCACCUCCAGGGGACUGUGAAGUCCAGCUGCCCGUCAGUCGCAUUGUGCUCUGUGUGGCUCUGCCGGUCAUGGUGAUCAUAGUGGGAUUCUUCACCUGGAGAGGAGACCGUGAGAGGGCCACAACAUCUGCAGCUGGAUUCCAGCUCCGGGAAAUUAGCUGUUAACUAGCAUAUCUGUCCUUUUGUCCAUGAAUCCCAGACACUGUAGACAUGUUAGAGACAUGUUACAGACAUGUGACAUGUCUGUAACAUGUCUACAGUUCAGACUUUGGCCGACAAGCACAAAUUUCAUAUUUUACACAUGAAUGUUUUUGCAUUGUGUGGUGACAGGCUGGAUUUCUGUAUA